UGGGAGGAGGAGGAGAAGGAGAAGGAGGGAGGCCGGGGCUGGCAGCUGCGUUUCCGCGUCCCUGAGAGAUAGAGAGAAAAAGGGGGUAAAGAAGGAUUGGAAGAAGGUGUGAGUGAGUGAGUGAGUGAGUAAGAGAGAGAGAGAAGAUCGGUGCAGGAGGAGGGGAGACGAAACAGCUGCGAGGCCCGUAGCUCACCUCAGCCCCACACACCCACAAGGGAGAGGGUCAGACAGCGCUGAGGGAGGGGGGGCCCGGGCCAACCCCGACCCUUACUCUUUCUUUCCCCCCCCCCCACCUCCCACCUCCGUUUCCCCCUGACAUGUGAGAGGUGGAGGGGAGCAGACACACACACACAAGCACCAUGAAGAAGUUCAACAUCAGGAAGGUGCUGGACGGCCUGACGGCGGCGGCCGCCUCCUCUUCCUCGUCGUCCCAGCCCGGCCAGCGGCCGCCCGACAGUGACAUCGUCGAGACCCUGUGCUCCGAACACUUCCAGCUCUGCAAAACGGUUCGUCAUGGAUUUCCAUACCAGCCUUCAGCCAUGGCUUUCGAUCCAGUGCAGAAAAUACUGGCAAUUGGAACCCAGACUGGAUCUUUGCGACUCUUUGGGCGACCAGGGGUGGAGUGUUACUGCCAACAUGACAGUGCUGCAGGAGUGAUCCAACUGCAAUUCUUGAUUAAUGAGGGAGCUCUUGUGAGUGCCUUGGCAGAUGAUACCUUGCAUCUCUGGAAUCUACGUCAGAAAAGGCCUGCAAUACUCCAUUCUCUUAAAUUCAACAAAGAAAGGAUAACAUUUUGCCAUCUGCCCUUCCAGAGUAAAUGGUUGUAUGUUGGCACAGAAAGAGGCAAUGUACAUAUUGUCAACGUGGAGUCUUUCACACUCUCAGGCUACGUCAUUAUGUGGAAUAAAGCCAUUGAACUAUCGUCAAAAACUCACCCAGGAUUAAUUGUACACAUCAGUGACAACCCUAUGGACGAAGGCAAGCUUUUAAUUGGUUUCGAAUCUGGAACUUUGGUAUUGUGGGACCUUAAAUCAAAGAAAGGAGAAUACAGAUACAGCUACGAUGAGGCUAUUCAUUCCGUGGCAUGGCAUCAUGAAGGAAAACAGUUUGUUUGCAGCCAUUCCGAUGGUAGCCUUACUAUCUGGAAUGUGAAAUCUCCCAUCAGACCCGCACAAAUUAUUACACCACAUGGGAAGCUGCCAAAAGAUGGGAAGAAAGCAGAGCCUUGCAAACCCAUCCUCAAAGUGGAAUAUAGAACCUGUAAAUCUGGAGAUCCUUUCAUCAUUUUCUCAGGAGGUCUGUCCUAUGAUACUGUAGGCAGAAGACCGUGCUUGACUGUGAUGCAUGGGAAGACCACUGCAGUACUUGAGAUGGACUACCCAAUUGUCGAUUUUCUCACCCUCUGUGAAACGCCAUAUCCUAGCGAUUUUCAGGAGCCGUAUGCGGUCGUUGUCCUUCUGGAAAAGGACUUGGUCGUUGUGGAUCUCGGACAAAAUGGUUAUCCUAUAUUUGAGAACCCAUAUCCUUUGGACAUACACGAAUCACCUGUCACCUGUUGCGAGUAUUUUGCUGACUGCCCUGUGGAUCUAAUUCCUGCACUUUAUUCUGUUGGGGCAAAGCAGAAACGGCAAGGAUACAGUAAAAAGGAAUGGCCCAUCAAUGGAGGUAAUUGGGGUUUAGGCACACAGAGCUACCCAGAGAUUAUUAUUACAGGGCAUGCAGAUGGAUCUUUGAAGUUCUGGGAUGCUUCAGCCAUAACAUUGCAAGUUUUGUAUAAAAUGAAAACAUCCAAAGUAUUCGAAAAAUCUCGGAAUAAGGAGGAGAAACCAAACACAGACAUAGUGGAUGAAGACCCUUAUGCCAUUCAGAUAAUCACGUGGUGUCCUGAAAGCAGAAUGCUAUGCGUGGCAGGGGUAUCAGCGCAUGUAAUCGUUUACAAAUUCAGCAGACAGGAAGUGACAACAGAGGCUAUUCAGAUGCUCGAAAUACGCUUGCUUUAUGAAAUAAAUGAUCUAGAAUCACCAGAAACCGAUCAAAUACCAUCUUUGGGGGCACCAUGCCAGGGGCCAAACUCUCAGACAGCAAAUUCUCAGUCUCAUCCCUCUACAAGUAGCAGCUCAUCAGAUGGUCUUCGUGAUAACGUGCCCUGUCUGAAAAUUAGAAGUACUCCAUUAAAACAAGGGGCAGGCUAUCAGGCUGAAGUGGUGAUUCAGCUGGUUUGGGUAAAUGGCGAACCUCCGCAGCAGAUAAGCAGCCUGGCAGUGAAUUCAUCAUAUGGACUUUUGGUGUUCGGAAACUGUAAUGGCAUUGCAAUGGUUGAUUAUAUUCAGAAAACUGUACUACUAAAUCUGGGCACGAUUGAAUUAUAUGGAUCGAAUGAUCCUUAUCAGAGACAACCAAAGUCCCCACGCAAAACACGGCAAACUUCAGGGGGUCUCUGUGAUAUCAAUGAGGGUUCAACAAAUCUAGAUGACCGCUGCAAGUCUCCCACAUCAGGUUCUACCUCUUCAUGCAAUUCAGAAGAUGAACAAAAAUUGCCUAACUUUAUAGAAAGGGUGAAAAUCAAAAGCAGAAAAUUAUCCAAGACCGUAGUAUCUGAUAUAGCGAAGAUGUCAAGGAAACUAAGCUUGCCAACUGAACUGAAGCCUGACUUGGAGCUUGCAUUUAGGUCAAAGACCAGAGACCAACGCCUCAAUCAUCUGUUUGAAGGAACAAAGCAGCUUAAAAAAAAGAUUUGGAAUAUGACUUCUCUAUGCGCACAUUUUUUUAAUGUGAAAGACAACUCUUUCAGCCGUUCCCGGAGUUCCAGUGUUACCAGCAUCGACAAGGAGUCCCGAGAGGCAAUCACAGCUCUUCAUUUCUGUGAGACUUACACCCGAAAGGCAGACACAUGUACAUCACCAUGUUUGUGGGUUGGGACGACACUUGGCACUGUACUGGUCAUAGUACUGAAUCUGCCACCUGGAGGAGAGCAGCGACUUACUCAGCCAGUCAUAGUGUCUCCCAGUGGAACUAUAUUGAGACUAAAAGGUGCAAUUUUGAGAAUAGCGUUUCUGGACACCACCGGAAGCCUCAUCAAUCCAGCACAUGAACCCUGGAGAGAACCAAAUGUGCAAGAAGAGAAGGAUGACAAGGAUAAAUGUAGAAAACUGAGGCCAGUAUCUGUCUCUCCCUCAUCCUCUCAGGAGAUAAAUGAAACUCAAUACGCAGUGAUAUGUUCAGAAAAACAGGCAAAAGUUAUCUCAUUACCUUCCCAAAACUGUAUUUAUAAACACAACAUAACUGAAACGUCAUUUGUCCUUCGUGCUGAUAUUGUGGGACUGAAUGGGAGCAUCUGCCUUGCAUGCUUCUGUGCCAAUGGACAUAUCAUGACAUUCAGCUUGCCAAGCCUUAGACCACUGCUAGAUGUCAAUUAUUUGCCACUGACAGACAUGCGAAUAGCUCGUACUUUCUGCUUCACCAACAAUGGACAGGCUUUAUAUCUGGUUUCCCCUACUGAGAUCCAGCGCAUCACUUACAGCCAAAGCACAUGUGAGAAUUUACAGGAAAUGCUUGGAGAACUAUUCACUCCUGUAGAAACGCCGGAAGCUCCAAAUAGAGGAUUCUUUAAAGGCUUGUUUGGUGGUGGUGCACAGUCACUGGACAGAGAAGAACUUUUUGGUGAAUCUGCAGCAGGGAAACCUUCAAGGAGCCUGGCUCAGCAUAUCCCAGGGACUGGCGGAAUUGAAGGUGUCAAAGGAGCAGCUUCUGGUGUUGCGGGUGAGCUGGCACGGGCCAGGAUAGCACUUGAUGAAAGAGGACAGAAACUGAGUGAGUUGGAAGAACGAACAGCAGCCAUGUUAUACAGUGCUGACACUUUCUCUAAACAUGCUCAUGAGAUGAUGUUGAAGUGCAAAGAUAAGAAGUGGUACCAGUUCUGAUGACCUUGGGCCAUGUUACCAACUAUUUAAGCUGAAAGGAGGUUAUCCACAGACAAUUCUCCCUCUUCAUUUAUUUCUGCAGGACAGGAGGUUCAUUUUGAGUACUGCUGAUUCCUAGCACACUCAAACAUUCCCUCAGUCACAUUGCUUUAAACUGAGGAGGAAACUGAAAACUUGCAACAUGAAGGUGUUUUCUACUGUAACUGUGGGUUGGUGCACAGUGUGGGACCUGAGCAGGGAACAAGGGACACAUGGGGCAGUGCUGGGUUUUCUGUGUUAUUUCACACGCCAAAUGUUUUGUGCUAUUGUCUCUGCCAGUGUUUCACCCAUGGAGCUAUAAAUGUAAUACUGCGUUCACUCCAGAUGCCAACAAAUGCAAAACAAGAGGAUAAAUACGUGUAGCAAAGUAUUAUCAUGAGAAUUUAAUCAAUGAUCCAUUGCUGGCCCAAGACAUUAAUUUGCACCUUAUUGAUUUGUGUUCGUUGCUGGUCGGGUGAUACUGGUUUGUAUCUUAUGCUGAUUGGAAGAUGCAGGUUUGGAUCCAACUCCCUUUGGAUGAUACUUGUUCCUCUAAUGAUACUUAGAUAUUGUGUAUGUCCGCUGGUUGGAUGCUGUCAGUUUACAUCUGGUACUAAUCGAAUGAUGUCAGAUUGUGGCUGUGCUGAUUGGGUGAAUACUGGUUUGUCUGGCAGUAUUUGGAUUAUCGUUUGUGUCCAACACUGGUGAUGUUUUCUCUCCAGUGGUGAUUGACUGACAUAUAUUUGAGUCCAGCGCUGGUCAGUGAUGAUUGACUGAUAUCAGUCAAUCUCCAGCACUGGUUGUUGGAUGUUGAUUGUUUCCACAGGUGAUUGGAUUAUGUCAGUUUGUGUAUAAUGCUGGUUGAAUGAAUAAUAUUUUUGAUCUGAUUUUAUCCUUGAAUGAUAAUUUAGUUAAUAUGGGUUCAUUUCAUGCCAGAUGCUGCCUGUAAUUUUAUUCAUGCAGAAAGUAUUGUAAUUAGAUUUGUUACUUUUGUUAAUAUAAGUUUAUGUAUGUUUCCCCAUUUAUUAUAAAUAUUUGUCAAUAAUGCAAAUCCUAUCUAAACUUCAGCAAUGUCCUUUUUUAUAUAAAAAAACAAAACCACUGCGUGAAUUGGGGUUUGAAUCCACGUAACCACAAUACAAAUAAAAUCUUAAUUUUCAUUAAUAGUA